GCACUACACUAUAAUGCGCAAAUGGAUACUGACAUGGAUCCUGCCAACUCGGCUCUGCAGGUCAUGCUUCCAGCUUGUCUGUCUAGUGGGCACUCUAUCUCUAGCAUGCAAUGACAUGAGUCCAGAGCAAACGGCUACGAAUGUGAACUGUUCUAGCCCCGAGCGACACACAAGAAGUUAUGAUUACAUGGAAGGAGGGGAUAUAAGGGUGAGGAGACUGUUCUGCCGCACACAGUGGUAUCUGAGGAUUGACAAACGAGGCAAAGUGAAAGGGACCCAGGAGAUGAAGAACAGCUACAACAUCAUGGAGAUCAGGACUGUGGCAGUUGGAAUUGUGGCAAUCAAAGGGGUGGAAAGUGAAUACUAUCUUGCAAUGAAUAAAGAUGGAAAACUCUAUGCAAAGAAAGAAUGCAACGAGGAUUGCAACUUCAAAGAACUAAUUCUGGAAAACCAUUACAACACAUACGCAUCAGCUAAAUGGACACACAGUGGCGGGGAAAUGUUUGUUGCCUUAAAUCAAAAGGGGCUUCCCGUCAAAGGGAAGAAAACGAAGAAGGAACAAAAAACGGCCCACUUUCUUCCUAUGGCAAUAACCUAAUCAUACACGGUGUUUGAGAAACCAGUUUCAUUCAGCAGGGAGAUCUCUUUCCAGUGGACUUUUUUUCUUCUUCUUUCUUUUUCCUUACUCUCUCUCUCUCUCUCUCUCUCUCUCUCUCUCUCUCUCUCUCUCUCUCUCACUCUCUCUCUCUUUUAAAGUAACCAAGAAAGGCUGGAAAACUACUGAAAACUGAUCAAGCUGGACUUGCGCAUUUUUGUUUAUUUUAAAAGACUGCAUUAAAGAAAGAGUUGAAGAGUAUACACACAAAUCAGAUUUAGUAACUAAAAGUUGUAAAAAGUUGUAAAAGUGGUUGUACAAUCAUGUUAGUAAUAGUGAUGUGUUUCUUAAAUUAAUUUACCCUUAAGAGUAUGUUAGAUUUGACUAUCUGAUAAUGAAUAUUUAAUAUCACUAUCUGCUUAUAAAAUGGCUGCUAUAAUAAUAAUAAUAAUAAUAAUGAAGAUGAUGCAGAUGAUGUUAUAUAAGGGAUGUCAGACCUAACCCUGCUGGGAUGCCUGAGAAUGAUCAAGCCCACACAAACCAUAGACGAUGAGCAGUGUUUGAGAGCUUUCCAGUAAGAACUAUAAUCCACUUUAGCUCUACUCAGAAAAGUGAAUGUUCUCAACAUUUUAUUAUAGAAUGGAAUCGACAGGUGGUUUUACAGAAUGACAAUAUUGGCACAUACCUGUACUGAUUAACAUGAAAAAAACCUAAUGCCACUCAAAUUGAAAAGGUAUUGCUAACAGGAUGUUUUAGAAGUCUGUAUAUAAAAUAGCAAUAAUGAUGACAAUACUGUAUUUCAUCUCACCACAAAAUAACAUUUUAUAAUCCCUAAAAAUAAAAUUCCGAAGUCUUUAA